GGAGGAAAAGCCGGCACCCUGUUCAGUGGAAGUUCAGAAGAAGAGAAGCUUCUUCAAAUGCUGCUCCGCCUUGUGGACGGAGGAUUUCCUCAGACUUUUGCCAGCUAUCUGGAUGAAUCAAAUGUUUCUAAAAACGAGAGGCUGGCACUAUGUUUCAGUCAGUGGACAGAACUCUUUGAACAACCUCAGAUUUCCAAUGCAUUUUUGGAUUUUUGUAACUCCAUGUUUGACAGCCUGCAGAUAGAUGAGGAAAAUAAUCAGGAAUUGUAUAAAAGAUUUUUAUUUCACUACUCUAGAGCUCAAGACCCAACAUAUCCACUUAAAACUGGGUCAUUCCCUCUACAUCCUUUAAUGAGCCUCGCUCCAAAGCUCUCGGACAGAAGAAAGAAAAGGUUCCUUAAUCCAGGAUGGCAGAUUGCUGCAACAGAAUUCAUGAAAAAGGAUGGUUUGGAUGAUUUAGGACGAUCCUUUUUUCUUUUCAGGCCUAGAAAUGGAAGAACUGUUGAUACAGAUGACAAAUAGGCUACUAGAAGAUUUCUGCAGAAGAUAUAUCCAUGUUUGGCUGAUUUGCUCCUUUACUUUCUACUAUGAAAACUAUGAAUAUUAACAGAGAUUGUUCUGUAUCAUGUGAAGUCACAUACAAUAAAUUUGCACCUAUACAUUUUGUUGGAAAAAUGUGUGUGGGUGCUCAAAGAUAAUCUUUUCAGCUUCACUUCAUUUCCAAAUUAAUUAUUAUAAAGAUUUGCAUAUGACCAAUUCAACAAAUUACUUAGAACUAAAAAUCAAGUUUACAGUUGGUUAACCCGAAUAAUAUGAAAUUUAGAAGAUAAAAGUGGAUAUUCGCUGAGUUACAAUCCAAUUUAUCAUGCUUGUUCCGUUUUAAGUUA